UGUUAGUUGUUACAUACAACUUGAGCUGUUAGUUAUCAUAUCUGUAGGGUCGUUUAAGGGCCAUGUUGUUGGUGGAAUACGACAUUUUCGACCACACAAAUUAUUAUUUUGAAAGACAAAUACAUGUGAUUUAAUAUGAGUGUGUUUCUUGGAGUUUCAUACAGCACCACACUUAUGCUUACCACACUUAUCUACAUUAUUUCUUUAUAGCUUAUAUAUACAACGCCAUUUCUUGAUUACGAACAUCACAAGUCCUGAAAAUACUCUCUAGUUUUCUCAGCUAUCACUUGUAUCAAAUACUUCUUAAAAGAGCUUUCAUAAAAACAGAAACAAAUCAGCUAAGCAAGAUUCAUUUCAAAAAAAGAUGACAAUCCGCCAAAUUUUUAGAAGAUCGUUAUCCAACGAAAGAAAAUCAGCUGAAGUUCCAAAGGGUCAUUUGGCUGUUUAUGUUGGGGAGAGCGAAAAGAAGCGUUUCAUAAUUCCAUUAUCGUAUUUGAACCACCCUAUGUUUCAAGAUUUGCUGUGCCGAGCUGAAGAAGAAUUCGGAUUCCACCAUCCAAUGGGUGGACUCACUAUUCCUUGCAGUGAAGAUCUAUUUGUUGAUUUAACCUCUCAUUUGAGCAGAACAUGAAAUACGUGUUUAGAAGGAUCACGAUUUUGUAAAAUUAGUUUUUCUUUCGAGAAAGAUUCUUCGUCUUGUUUUCAAGAAGAGAAAUGUAUAGAAGCACAAAAUUACAGUAUAUACAACAACCUUUAAGCCAUUUUAAGAUGCCAAAGCAUUGUAGGGU